ACGUUUGCAGACCACAAACCCAAGGGAGCCAGGAUGGGCACUGCUGGAAAAGUUAUUAAGUGCAAAGCAGCUGUACUAUGGGGAAUGAACCAGCCCUUCUCUAUUGAGGAAAUAGAAGUGGCCCCACCAAAGGCUAAGGAAGUUCGUGUUAAGAUUUUGGCCACAGGAAUCUGUCGCACGGAUGACCAUGUGAUAAAAGGAGCAAUGGUGUCUAAGUUUCCAGUGAUUGUGGGACAUGAAGCAGUUGGGGUCGUAGAGAGUGUUGGAGACGGGGUCACUACAGUGAGACCAGGUGACAAGGUCAUCCCCCUCUUUCUACCACAGUGCAGAGAAUGCAAUGCCUGCAUUAACCCAGAAGGCAAUCUCUGCAUUAGGAGCGAUCUGACGGGCCGUGGAGUACUGGCCGAUGGCUCUACCAGAUUCACGUGCAAGGGCAAACCAGUCCAGCAUUUCAUGAACACUAGCACCUUCACCGAGUACACAGUGCUAGACGAGUCGUCUGUAGCUAAGAUUGACCGUGCGGCUGCUCCUGAGAAAGCCUGCCUUAUUGGCUGUGGGUUUUCCACAGGCUAUGGGGCUGCUGUUAAAACGGCCAAGGUUGCCCCUGGCUCCACUUGUGUGGUGUUUGGCCUGGGAGGAGUUGGCCUGUCAGUCAUCAUGGGCUGUAAGGCAGCUGGAGCCUCCAGGAUCAUUGGAAUUGACAUCAACAAGGACAAAUUCCAGAAGGCCCUGGCUGUAGGUGCCACGGAGUGUAUCAGUCCCAAGGACUUCACCAAGCCCAUCAGUGAGGUUGAUGCCCUCUCAUCUUGCCAUAUGAACUACGGGACCAGUGUGGUGGUUGGUGCUCCUCCAUCAGCCAAGAUGCUCACUUAUGACCCAAUGCUGCUUUUCACUGGCCGGACAUGGAAGGGCUGCAUCUUUGGAGGUGAGGUAGCUGGGCCUCCUGACAGCAGCUAG